UAGGCGUUGACUUACGUGUUAUACUAACAUAUUUCAGUUUAUUCAUUUUGCUUACAUUUGAAAUACCUUUAGAGACUAAAAUUGUUUUAUAUUUUUGAUGUAAAAAAAGUGUAACGAAAUUUGUAGUUUUUUAUCGAUCAAUUAGUUGUUGCAAGCCAUGGCCAAAGGAGGAAUACGUCAAUGGGUUAAGCAGAUCGCCACUGUUGGGGUUGAAGUAAAACGAAAUAAACGGGCUAACAAGCUGUUGACAUGGGUGAAACCAAUAUCACUAAAGCCGCCGUUUUCUCCACCGACUUCCAACACAAGAGAAAUUACCAAAAAGAUCAAAAAUCUUAAGCCUGUUGAGGAAAUUCUUCCUGAAAAUUUCAUGGAACCUGGCAUAUUUGCUUCUCGUCGUUGUAAUGGAAUGGGCGCAUGCUCAUUUAUUGGCGGAGUAGUUCAGCCAACGACUAGACGGUGUCAAAAAGCGAAUUCACAGAAUUUAAAUGACGCUGAUCUCUUUAAGCAUUACUCCUUGUUAAAUGGUAGAUCAAAUUGGAAAACUCCAAAGGAUGGGCCCCUAUCCAGUUUGCAUGCCUCUCGUAUGAGCGCUUCAUUUAAACAAGCUCCACGUGUAAGUGAGGCUUGUUUUGAUCGUCUUAUCAUGUAUAAGCGUUCCAUUCCAAAGAAGUAGAGGCAACUUUUCUAAAAAGUCUUGAACCUAUUGAGUUCAUUAGUAUGUCAUUUUUAAGAAACUAGACAGAUAAUUUGAAAUAAACAUAUGUUCUCUUUCAAA